UGUGUUGGUGUAGGAGCCGUCAGUGGAACUUGCAGCGGUCGAGAUCGUACACACGGCGCUUCCGUCGCUCACAUUUAAACGACCUUGUGUUGCCCUUGUGCGGUGUCAGUGUGCGAAAUUUUUCGGCGCUCUUUCGUUGCAAUACUAGCAAUUAGACGGUGACGCCUAUUUAUCUCCUGAAUAAUAAACGUCGAAGAUCAGUGUUUCAAUUCCAUGAGUUCAGAGGGACAAAAGUGUGGUCUGGGUUCUUUAUUGUCGAUGUCCUGCAGAGGAAGAGCGGAAGCUUUCGCCAGAAGUCUACAAUCCAGGUUGCGAUCCCUGGGUUCUCACGAUGAUAACGGCUCAUCGAACGAAGGCAGCUGGUUGGCUGCCAACGAAAAUCAAGUCGCGAUCUCCCAGCCCCGCCAUAACUUAGACCUGGAUUUAGAUCUGGAGUCUCCAGCCAGUCCCGUGCCAGAAACAGAAGAAGACGAAAGGACAUCAUUGAUCAACAGAGACAAUCUCCAUGUUAAUAUCUCAAAUCUAAGACACUCGCAUAGCAAUGACUGUCAAUGCCCUUCAAGUAAGGAACAUCAGCAGAACUUCUCAAGAAUUUUGAACAGUAAUGACAGCGACAGUGAUUGUUCAUUUUACGACACAGAAAACGAUGUGGAGCAGAGGCUGGGGGGCUUUCUGAAUGGAGAUAUCUCCGAGUUGAGUAUCAGUCAAGACACUAUUAGUACUACCCAAGAUGAGACUUUCGCAACAACAUCUGACUGCACACCACAACCGACUUCUUCAUCAAGUUUGGACGCCUCCACUUUGAGUUUGAGAGACGAAGACUGCACAUCGCUGGAAAUUAACGGGUCUCUGGCAGAUAUAUCUAAAGUGUAAGAAAACGUUCAUUAAAAAAUCAUA